AUGAAUACUUGUAGUCCUAAUCCAAAAGAAUCGUAUUAUUAUAACUAUCAAAAGCAUGUACCAUCAGGUUUUUGUUUUUAUUUAAAAGGAGUAGUAGAUAAAAAAUUUAAGCCAAUCAUUUAUACAAAAACAAAAGAAGACGAAGAUAUAUCAAAAGUAUUUGUAGAAAAACUUACAGAAGUAACUAAAGGUAUUUACAAUGAUUUUUAUUGUAGACCAAAACCUCUUAGACUAACUCGAGCCGAACAAAAAUUAUUUGAUGAAGCAGAAACUUGUCAUAUUUGUAAAAAAGAAUUAAAAGAAGAUAAAGUUAGAGAUCAUUGUCAUUUUACUGGUAAGUACCGUGGUGCAGCUCAUAACAGUUGUAAUUUACAGUGUAGGAAACCAUUAGUUCUUCCAGCUAUAUUUCAUAAUCUUCAAGGAUAUGAUGCUCAUUUAUUUAUAAAACAACUUGCUAAAUUACCAGGUGAUUUGAACUGUAUUCCAUCAACAGAGGAAAAAUAUAUUUCCUUUUCUAAAAGUAUUAAAGUUGAUGAGUACAUGUCUAAUAAAACUGGUCAAAUGGUACCAAUAAAUUUUGAAAUACGAUUUUUAGAUUCAUUCAAGUUUCUUCAAACAUCACUUGCUAAUCUAGUUGGAAAUUUACAAACAGGUGAUUUUUAUAAUACAAAACAAGUAUUUAAGAAAAAUGUAAAUCUACUAACUCGUAAGGGAGUUUAUCCUUAUGACUAUGUUUCAUCACUUGAAAAACUAUCCGAAACACAAUUACCUCCAAAAGAGGAAUUCUAUUCAAAACUAAAUGAUGAAGAUAUAACUGAUGAUGAUUACCAACAUGCUAUUAAUGUAUGGAAUACUUUUGAAUGUAAAACAAUAAGAGAUUAUCAUAAUCUUUACCUUAAGUCUGAUGUGCUACUUUUGUUAGAUGUAUUUGAAAACUUUAGAAAAACUUGCCCAAAACAUUACAAACUUGAUCCAGUUCAUUAUUACACAUCACCUGGUCUAGCUUGGGAUGCUUGUCUCAAAGAAACAGGACAGGAAUUACAGUUAUUACAUGAUUAUGAUAUGUUAAUGAUGUUUGAAAAAGGUAUUCGUGGUGGAAUAACACACAUAUCAAAAAGAUAUGCAGAGGCGAAUAACAAAUACAUGAAAAAUUAUAAUCCUGAUGAGGAGUCUAGUUAUAUUCAAUAUCUUGAUGCAAACAAUCUUUACUGUUGGGCAAUGUCUCAACAACUUCCUACACAUGGAUUUAAAUGGAUGAAAGAUAUAACAAAAGAAAAGGUAAUGGAAAUUCUAGAGAAAGCAAAUCAUAGUAUGUUUAAUAAAGGAAAAAAAGGAUAUAUAUUUGAAGUUGAUUUGGAAUAUCCUUCCAGUCUAUGGGAAGAUCAUAAUGACUAUCCUCUAGCACCUGAGAAGAUGAUUGUUAAUGGUGUUGAAAAACUAAUUUGUCAUUUUAAACCAAGAAAAAACUAUGUUGUUCAUUAUCGAAAUCUUAGACAAUAUCUUGAGAUGGGAAUGAGAAUAACUGCCGUUCAUAGAGGAAUAUCAUUCUAUCAAAGUUCUUGGAUGGAACCAUAUAUAAGAAAGAAUACAGAACUUCGAAAAACAGCAGCCAACAGUUUUGAGAAAGACUUUUUCAAACUAAUGAAUAAUUCAGUAUUUGGAAAAACAAUAGAAAAUAUAAGGAAAAGACAAAAUAUAGUACUUAUUGAUAAUCGUAAGAAAGCUGCUAAACUAUCAAGUCGGCCAAACUUUGAUAGAGCAACAAUAUUUGAUAAUCAUCUUAUUGCGGCUCAUAUGAAAAAGACUGAAGUUUAUUUUAACAAACCAGUAUAUGUUGGUCAAGCAAUUCUAGAUUUAUCAAAAACAUUAAUGUUUGAUUUUCAUUAUAACUAUAUUAAAAAGAAAUAUGGAAAUAAAGCUGAGUUAUUGUUUACAGAUACCGAUAGCCUAAUGUUUCAUAUUAAAACAAAAGAUUUUUACAAAGAUAUAUCUCAUGACAUACUAACCAAGUUUGACACGUCUGAUUAUCCUCCUAAUCAUGAAUCUGGAAUACUAACAGGAGUUAACAAAAAAGUAAUAGGGAUGUUUAAAGAUGAAGUAGCAGGAAAACAGAUUACUUGUUUUGUUGGGUUGCGCCCCAAACUUUACAGUUUUAGAAUUGAAGAAGAUAAAGAAGUACGUAAAUGUAAAGGAAUAAAGAAAAAUGUUAUAACAAAGAAAUUAGAUUUUGAUGACUAUGUUCAAUGUUUAUUUUUGGGUAGAAAAGAAAUGAGAAAGAUGAAAAUAAUAAGAAGUGAAAAUCAUGAUAUAUAUUCAAAAGAAGUUAACAAAGUAGCACUAAGUAAUGAAGAUGACAAGCGCGAAGUAAUCUUGGGAAAGGUAAAAACUAUGGCUUUAAGAUAAGAAAGACUUUAAUAAAAUGGAAGCUAUACUUACUAAGAAGAGAAAUGAAAUUAUCAAAGAAGGACUAGUUUAUAUUGAUAAUUGGGAAAACGAAUGUACCAAGAAGGAUUGUCCUGAUUUGUAUGAGAAGUAUUUAAAAGAAAAGAAGAAAUAUCUUAAAAAUGAUGAACCAAGCCAAUGGGAUCAAUAUAUAAGAAUAUUAGAUAUUAUUAAAAGAGAUUUUAAAGAAGAUGAAUUUUACGAGUGUUUUACUGAUUUGUUAAAUGAAAUAGAAAACUAUAUAAACAUUUUUAAACCAAAAGUUUUUUUAAAAAGAGAAGGCCUUGAUCAAGUAAAUAAAAAUGUUAAAAUUGUUAAUGAUUUGUCUCCAAUACUUGAUACGGAAAGAAAGAAAUAUAAUUUUAAAUGUAGUUUAUUUUUAGUAAUACAAACUCUUUUGUUAGACAAAAAAACUAUCGCUUAAAUGUAAUAAAUUAUAAAAUAAUAAAUGAAGAAAUAAAAAAAUAUCUAGAAAUAUUGCUUAAAUAUACUAGUAAACCUGUAGAAGAAAUUAGUAGAAAAUUUAAAUGUUGUAAUUGUCAAAAUAGAGAAUGUUUUACAAUUGAUUCUGGUUACAAAAUCUGUGAUUACUGUGGAGUAGAAAAUGGUCAUGUAUUAGGCUUUUACGAUGUUAAAGAUUACGAUAGAUUAUAUUUUAGAAAAAAGAGUAUUUAUCAUAGAAAGUAUCACUAUGAGAAAAAGGUUAAUCAAAUUUCUAAAAGAAUAAACCUAACUAAUGAACAAAAAUGUGAACUUUAUGAUAAACUAAUGAAAAUAGAUAAUUACACCAUGGAAAUACUAAAUAAAAAAUACUUUAGAAAGAGAAUGAUAAGUAUUUCUUAUUUAAUCAAAAAACUUUUGCAGGAGAUGGGAUGUGAAAAGUAUAAACUAAUUUAUCUUAAGAUUAGCCCCCAGACUUAA